GAGAGAAGAGUGAGCUGACGGGUUUUUGUAAACAUUAUCAGCUCUUGACAAAGUUUAAUAGUAGAAGUUCCUUGUAUUCGAUGUUUUUUGGUAAAUUUGCCAAAUCAGUCAACUUUCAUCUGCUAAGCAAAAUGCAACAAUCAACUUUAGUAAAGAAAAUCUGUACUCAUAAUGGCGUAUUUCAUUGUGACGAUGUUUUAGCUUGUUUCUUGUUGAAACAAUUGCCGGAAUAUAAAGAUUCGCCUAUUAUUAGAACCCGUGAUCCAAAAGUGAUCGAAGAAUGUGAUAUUGUAGUGGAUGUUGGUGGUGUUUAUGAUCACAGUAAAUGUCGAUAUGAUCAUCACCAACGUGAUUUCAACUUUACUUUGAACAAAUUGGAUCCUCAAAAGCCAUUUGAUAUAAAACUAAGUUCAGCUGGGUUAGUUUAUUAUCAUUAUGGACGUACAAUUAUUAAUAACAUAUUAGAACAACAAGGUCUAUUCGAUUCUGAAGAUAAAUAUCAAACUGAUAUACUUUUUGAUACUAUUUAUGAAUCAUUUAUUCAAGAAAUUGACGCCAUUGAUAAUGGAGUUAGUAUAUGCGAAGGUAAACCAAGAUAUACCAUAAACUCUGAUCUAAGCACACGUGUUGGUCAUUUAAGACCCCAUUGGAAUGAAGAAUCUACGAAUGAAGUUUUAUAUGAAAGAUUCCAGAAAGCUAUGGACUUGGUUGGUCAGGAGUUUCAUGAAAGGGUCAGUUAUUAUAGUAAAGUUUGGUAUCCUGCUAAAAAAUAUGUAAAACAAGCUGUGAGGGAUCGUAAAACUGUGCAUCCCUCUGGAACAAUAAUUGAUUUAAGUCUCAAUGGAGGUUUACCAUGGAAAGAGCAUUUAUUCGCCGUGGAAAAAGAAAUGGACAUUGUCGGAGAGAUAAAAUUCGCCAUAUUCCAAGAUCUCAGCAAAGAUUGGAGAGUGUGCUGUGUUCCUAUAUUCGCCAAAUCGUUUACUCUGAGAACCCCUCUUCAUAUUGAAUGGCGAGGUUUAAGGGAUGAAAAGUUGUCCCAAGUUAGCGAUAUUCCUGAUUGCAUAUUUGUCCAUGCUACAGGUUUCAUUGGUGGAGCUCGAACUAGAGAAGCUUGUGUUGCAAUGGCAGUAAAAACUCUAGAUUUAGCAGCAAAGGAAGAGUCGAAAGAGUAAACAUAGUAUUCUCUUACGAAUCGUUAAUGAAGAGAACUUACUGAUGGUUCGAGCAUAUUAAGAUUUUAAGCUGUUUCACGAUCUGGACGUCAGUUCUAUACGCAUUUGAAUUACUGCUUUUCACAAUUGACUCUAAUUUUGUGAUAUAGACAUUUAAUAUGAUUAAAGAUGAGAUUUGUAUAACAAACAAGAUCAAAAUUGUAAAAUAUAA